CGUCUUCCUUCGACACUCUAGGGUUUCGGGAGGAUCGUGCUCUGCAACUUCACCGCUCCAAGAAAACCUCCUCCGUCCCGCUCAUCUCCGCGAAAGUCGCCGCCAUGAGCAGAUCGGGCCAGCCGCCGGAUCUCAAGAAGUACAUGGACAAGAAGCUCCAAAUUAAGCUUAACGCGAAUAGGAUGGUUGUUGGAACACUCCGUGGGUUCGAUCAGUUCAUGAAUCUAGUGGUAGAUAAUACUGUUGAAGUGAAUGGGAAUGAGAAGACUGACAUCGGGAUGGUGGUUAUAAGGGGAAACAGUGUUGUUACUGUGGAAGCUCUCGAACCCGUGAACAGGACAUAGUUCAUUUAGCUAUGUAUUUGGUAGAUUUAACAAGCUCUUUACUUGCAGUUGAUUCUGAUGCUGCCAAGUUGCUUGUAAGGAGGAUGUUGUAUAAACUCAACCUAUCUUAUGCUUAAUGAAAUGUUGGCCUUCAAGUCGA